UCAUCAACACGAUGAUAUGGACUGUGAUGUUGCUUAUCGCCGGUUGUCUCAUGUCUAACACUCUUCACAGAUUAUUUAACGAAAAGAAAAAUCUAUUCGAGAAAUCAUUUCGUGAUCUGGAGAAUAAAGCGGCAAAAACUCGUCCAACAUGUAUUUAUCUUAUUUCUUCUACGGCUUGCUGUUUUAUUGCAACCAUAACCUUGGCAUUGAAUGUUUUGUUCAACUGUCAAUUAUUCAAACGCACAACAUCUACAGUUGCAACGCCAGUAACAAGUGUUAUGGCUACAGCACCAGCAACCUUUGUUACAAACACGACAUCAGAACAAUUUGCAACGAAUACGACACCUGCACAUUUUCAACGAAUACAACACCAGCAAGAUUUGCGGCAGAUACGUCACCAGCCACAUUUGUUGCUGGUCCGACACCUGAAAGAUUUGUUACGGAUGCGGCACAAGCAACAUUUAUUUAUUAAAUUCUACUUUGUGUAUUCAGUUAUACUAUUUGUUCACGUUUUUAUCAUAAUUUCAUGUAAAUAAAGUUUUUAAUGUUGUCAUUGA